AUGAAGCUGAGAGCGAGGGAAUGUGUGUGCGGGGAGGGGGCGAGUGAGGGGCUGUGGCGGGCACUGAGUGCCGAGUUCCUGGGCACGGCGGUCUUUGUCUUCGCCAGCGUGGGGUCCGCCCUGCCCUGGGACACAGUCCCCAGCUCCGACCCGCUGCGGGUGGCGGUGGGCUUCGGGCUGGGGGUCUCGGUCGCCUCGGCCUUCACACGGGGGGUGAGCGGGGGGCACCUGAACCCCGCCCUGACCCUGGCCCUCCUCGCCCGCUCCCGCCUGCACCCACUCCGCGCCCUGCUGUACGGCUUGGCGCAGGCGCUGGGAGCCAUUGCCGCCUCCGCACUGCUGUACGCAGUCACUCCCCCCAGCGCACGGGGGGAGCUGGGGCUGAACACGCUCUCCCCUGGGGUCUCCAGGGCCCAGGGGCUGGGGGUCGAGGUGGUGGCGACCUUCCAGUUGGCGCUGGUGGCUUUGGCCGUCUCUGACGAGAGGAACAUUUUCCGAGGCUCAGCCCACCUCACCAUUGGCCUCUCCGUCACCCUCGGCCACCUGCUGACGAUCGGGUUCACCGGCUGCAGCAUGAAUCCCGCUCGUUCUCUCGGCCCAGCUGUUGUCACGUCAAACUUCAGUGAUCACUGGAUUUUCUGGGUGGGGCCGUUGCUGGGGGGCCUGGCCGGGGCCGGGGUCGACAGCUUUAUCCUGACGCCAACCCCGGCGGGAGGCGAGGAGGGGCUGAAGGCCGACGGCAGAGAGGAGCGGGCCUCCCGGCUACAGACGGCCCCCAGGAAACAGGCCCGGCCCCCCGCCUCGGUCACACGCUCUCCCAUCUCGGGGCAGGAGCUCCCCCCCAUGAAGCCCGCCCUGCCCAGCCCCUGCACUCGUGUGCGCUAUCCUAUGCAGCACGCUCCAGUCCGCGCGCUGUCCCGCGUCCACGCGCUCUAG